GACCCCGAACCCCUAACCCUUGUCCAUCUGGGGGCAGCAUGAGACAUCCAUCCAUCCAUCCAUGCAUCCAUUUUCUUUGCCGCUUAUCCUCACGAGGGUCAUGGGAGCGCUGGAGCAUACCCCAGCUGUCAAGGGGCAAGGGGCGGGGUACACCCUGAACUGGUUACCAGACAAUCGCAGGGCACAUCGAGACAAACAGCCGCACUUGGAAACAAACCUCGGGGCAAUUUAGAGUGUCCAAUUAAUGUUGGAUGUUUUUGGGAUGUGGGAGGAAAACGGAGCGCCCGGAGAAAACCCAGGCAGGCACGGAGAGAACAUGGAAACGCCACACCGGCGUGGCCACCAUGCCGCCCAGCACGAGACAAAGAGAUGAAUAUGCCGUACCUCUUGUCAGCUCCUCGCAGAUGAUAAAGAAUACAUGACUGUGGGUACUGCUGAAUGAUUUUACCUUUUUUUCCCCACUUUUUAAAAUUAAACUCCAACAAAAACAUCAGCUCUACAGUUGCCACAUCUGUUCGACAGGAAGUGUGUAAAGUGAUAUUACGACACACGGUGGCGCCAGUAAUGAAAUGAAAGUAUAUAUUUUUUUGUCAAGAGUAAAAAAAAGCAAAGCAUGUAUUUGAAGCGUUUUGAAAAAAACAUGGAAUGGAUGCGAAGGCCACUAUUUGAGGAAAUACGCAACGUUAUUCUGUAACAUUUGCUUCGCAACAACUUGACGGAGGAGGAUUUCAUGAACGCGUUACAAUCGGGGAAGCAGUUUCGCUCGGAAUCAACUGCGAGCCGGAAUCGAUUGCUGUUUAUCCCUGGUGAGAUCUCACCGCGUCGAGCUUGAUUUGCGACAGUAGCGUCGCUAUCUUCUUGGGGUUCUGUAAACAGACCCAUCCGCGUACGGCCUGAAUAUGUAUCGUAUGCGGCUAGGGAUGCGCGCUGUAAACGACGAGGGGCACGUACAGUACACAGCCGACGGGAAGACCCUCGCGGCCUGUUGCGCGGACUGCAGGGAAGAACCGGAGCAUUUAUUGGAAAUGAUGACCGCUCACUCGGCCAAGACAGGGGUCCCGAUGGAAGCCUUGAGGGUGUCCCUCGGCGAGGAGCUCUUCGACAUGUGCUACGAGGAGGACGGGCACAUCUUGCGGGUGGUGGGGGGCGCCCUCCACGACUUCCUCAACAGCUUCAACGUGCUGCUGAAGCAGAGCAACGCGUCCCGAGCAGACCGAGGGGAUCGUGUAAACCAAGCAUCCGUGCUUUGCUUAGACAAAGAUCCGGGUCUGCUCACCGUCUACUUCUUCAACCCUCGCGCCACCACUGAGCUCUUCUUCCCCGGGGUCAUCAAGGCAGCCGCCCGUCUGCUGUAUCACACGGCCGUGGAUGUGCUGAUGGACCCCCCCGGCGCCAAAGACGCCAUCCUUCAAUCCAACCCCCAGCACAGUCUUCUAUACACGGUGGUCGUCAAGGGGGAUAAAAGCCUGAGCCCCAGUCCUCUGCGGGCGACCUCAGCUGGGACACUUCCUACCUCUCUGUUUUCCACUAUCUUCCCCUUCCAUCUCAUCCUGGACCAGGACCUGGUCCUAGUGCAAAUCGGGCACGGGCUCAGGAAGCGACUGAGCAGGAAGGAGGGACUGAGGCGUGCUUCCACCUUCCAAGAACACUUCUGCAUCGUGUGCCCUCAGAUCAAAUGCACGUUUCAAGGCAUCCUGACCAUGCUCAACACCCAGUUUGUCCUCCGGAUCAAGCACGGGGUCUCCGGAUCUGACAACACAGUAAAGCUCAUGGACCUCAAGGGCCAAAUGAUCUACGUUUCAGAGUCCAACGUGAUCUUGUUCCUGGGCUCGCCGUGUGUGGAUAAACUGGAGGAGCUAACGGGCCGCGGCCUGUACCUGUCCGACAUCCCCAUUCACAACGCGCUGCGGGACGUGGUCCUGGUCGGCGAGCAGGCCAAAGCGCAGGACGGCCUGAAGAAGCGUCUCAGCAAGGCCAAAGCGGCAUUGGAGCAGGCCCACCAGGCCCUUGAAGAGGAAAAGAAGAAGACCGUGGACCUCCUGUUCUCCAUCUUCCCCGGCACCGUAGCUCAGCAGCUGUGGCAGGGCCAGACGGUCCAAGCCAAGAAUUUUGAGCGGGUCACCUUGCUGUUUUCUGACCUGGUGGGCUUCACAGCCGUUUGCUCGCUCUGCACACCCAUGCAAGUGAUCACCAUGCUCAACGAGCUCUACACCAGGUUUGACCACCAUUGUGGCGAGCUUGAUGUUUACAAGGUGGAGACCAUUGGGGAUGCGUAUUGUGUAGCCGGCGGCCUCCACAAGGAGAGCGACACUCACGCGCUCCAGAUUGCACUGAUGGCCUUAAAGAUGAUGGAGCUAUCCGACGAAGUCAAGACGCCGACGGGGGAACCAAUACAGAUGCGCAUCGGCCUGCACACCGGAUCCGUGCUGGCCGGCGUAGUCGGCGUGCGGAUGCCGCGUUACUGCCUGUUCGGAAAUAACGUCACCCUGGCCAACAAGUUUGAGUCGUGCAGCCAACCUCGGAAAAUCAACGUCAGCCCGACGACGCACAGAUUGCUGAAGGAGCGUCCAGAGUUUGUUUUCAUUCCCAGGGGCAGGCAGGAGCUUCCGGCCAACUUCCCGGACGACAUUCCUGGUGUUUGUUACUUUUUAGAGGCUUCUUUCAAAUCUUCGCAACUGACACGGAAAUGAAGUCCAGCCGUCGCGGGGACGCUCGUGACUCUUCUGCGCGAACGCUCAUGUCAGUGCUUCUAUAAUUAGCGUUGUCCAGAUAUUGAUGUCGCUGAGUGUCUGUGUCUUGCGGUCAUUUCGAAACGUGGACCCCCGCUAGCAGCGAGAGACGCAGACCGAGCUUUCUGCGAGUAAGUGAUGGUCCCCUUAAAGUCACUAUACAGUAAUCCCUCUCUACUUCGCGGAUCACCCAUCGCGGAUUCAGCGCAUCGCGGAUUUCCAGAACCCCCCCCAAAAAAGCCGGAUCGCUACAUAUUAAUACGCCAUCCCCGCCGUUUACCCCUACUUCACGGUUUUUCACUUUUCGUGGGUGGGUCUGGUACCAAUUAACCGGGAAAAACAAGGGAUUACUGUCAUUGCCUUAUUAAUAAUUUAAACCAUAAAUAGACCGCACACUAUGACCCCAAAGCAUUCCUAGCAUUUCAAACGCGUACAAAAAUCUUCAAACACAGAUGUGUCCUUAAAAAUACAGUAAACGGCUAACAGCUGGACACGCACGCGUACAAAGUACAGGACUUGUUUGUACAGCACGACAAUUCUGAUAAUGAUUAAGAAUUAGUGAAGCAAAGCAGGUCCAGUAUAAAACAAAGAACAUUUUGAGUCACGGGAGUUACAUCGAUGGUGGCGAUGCUGUUGGCUGGCCUGAGCGCUUGAGAAAUUCCGCUACGUCGUAGGCCACUCGGCUAAAACUGCAAUUUUAGUACAGUGAAUACUCUGUUCUCAAACAAAUCAAUUUUCGAACGUAAAUUUUGAGAUUUUUUUUGAUUCUGCUUUCGAACGAAAAUCGGUACUCGAACGCCUGCGACAAAACCCAGAAAUAACAUAACGCGCCCGGGCCGACCGGCUGACUCACGACGCGGUUUGUUGUGAAUUCCCGCAACGCCGAAAAAACCCCAGAAAUAACAUAACGCGCACGGCCCGACCAUCUGAGCCACGACGCGCGUCGUUAUUGUGUAUAACGCAGACUCUGUACGCAGACGUGGGAAAUAUCGAUUCGGUUUUCGAACAAAUGGCUUCUCAAACCGCAUUCUGGAACGGAUUGCGGUCGAGAACCGAGGUUGUACCGUACUGCACGAAAUUGGCGGUAGUAGAUAGAUUUAGUAGUGUUCUACUGAGCUGUCGGAUUAUAUGUUGUGUUCGGUCGUGGUUUGGCAAAACUAGCGUGAACCAAAGCAGACGUGGCCGCCGCUAUGCUCAUCAAUCAUCCUCUUCCGCGAGCUGACACAGCUGCUGUUAGAUUUUUGUAAUCGCAUUGAGUGAGUCGAGGCGGAAUUUCCGUUUGAUGUUUUUGGGCCUUUUUACAACUGUCAGUAACUGCUCGGCGUACGGAUUAAAGAGACGUCGCAAUGCAAUAUCGUACAUACUGUAGACAGCCACGAUUAAAAAUAUGUUUUCAGACUUUUCUUGCUACGUUGCAGGAAAUUGAGAAUAGGCGCGUUUUACGGUGUACAAUUAUGGAGCAUUAAAGAAAACUGCAAGGUCAACGUUGACCUCCAAAAUAAAAUGCUCCCAUCUGAGAGCUUAAUGUUAUAAACGCACCCCGACCCUGAAUGCAGCACCAGCUUCACAGAGAUGCUUUAAAAAAUUAAUGCAAAGUGGAGCCUUAGAAGCUUUAUACAAUCGGCUCUGUGACACUGGUUUACUUUCAAGUUGCUGUUAUUCCAAACAAUUUUUCCCCCCAUCGCAAAUAAUGAAAAGUCAAAAGAAUUAAUUUUCAGCUCUAACUCUCAUCACCAUUAAAUCUUCGGUCAUUGAACUGUACAGGCAAAGUUUUAAUGGACAUUUGAAUUCUUCCCGCCCAAAGAGCACAUAAAGGUUUUCGAUUCCGAGUUUUGCCGGACUUUCAAGACAUGCAGUCGUAUUUUGCAGAUGUGCGUAUAAAUUUUAAAAAUGUCACCAUUUCGGGGGUGUUCGACUUCAGAGCAAUGUUGUGUGUACCUCGUCGUCGCGUUUUUGGACAAAACUUCAACAACGCAAUAAGUAGCCUGAUGCCAUUCCUUCCCGCAGCUGUCAGCCAUUUUUAUUUCUGCUGCGUUAUCAGACCUCGUAAGGGCCAUGUAGGAUAUCCCCCCCCCCCCCCCCCCCCAGCAGUCUUGAAUGCAGCAUUAAUAACGAAGUGUUUUGAUUAGACGGUUUAAUAUCAAGACAUCAGUGUUUGAUCGGACAUGAGUCUUGUAAUAUCGUCCAUACGUACAAAAAGACAGUGCAGGAUGAAUCCGUUCUUAAAAUAUGCUAAUAUUCAUUUAACCCUUCAUUUGAAGCAUUGAUUUUCUUUCUUCAGACUGUUUUUUUUUAUCUUCCCCUUUUUAAGGGCGCAAUACACAAAGAAAUGAAUGCUACCAAAAAGUACUAAAAUAUAGAUUCAAAAUUAUUUUCCAGUGGUUAGCUACAAUGAGAACAAAAAUAUUUUUCCAGUAAGUAUUUAAUCGAUAUUUCUUUCUGUCGGAAAUGUUCGCUAAAACGUUAAAUUGGCUCAAUGCAUUGUCAAUAUUUUUGGAAAAAGUGCUCAAAAACAGACUUUACUUUAGGAUUUAUAAAGUUUUGCAAUGUAUCUCGAAUCAAGAUUCUCUGAGCAGAUUCAGGUGCCUUAUGGAAGCAGAAUCGGACAUUUUUGUGUAAUAAAAAAAAAAAAAAGAAGUUGAUUGCUUUUGUUUCUUCCGAUAUGAAUGCAAGCCACAUUCUUCCAUCAAAGUAUAUAUUUUAAAUACAUUCACGAUACAUUCCUGUACGGCGGUUUCCUAGUCAAGUAUUUUUUUACUGUUUUCACUGUACACGUUUCUACUCUUUAUUUAUUACAUUGUUUUCAUAGAACAGAGAGCAUAAGAGACGAGAAUACAGUGAAUGUCCUUCAAU